UCCCGACAUUCAAAAUGGUGAACUGCUGCGUGAAAGGUUGCAGAACUCGAUGUGGAAAUUCUGAAGGAAUUUCUUUAUUUCGACUGCCGAAAAUUAUAACACACCAAGGUGAAAGAGAUCGAGAGUUAACAGAACGUAGACGCUGUCAAUUUUUGGCAAAUAUUCAUCGAAGGGAUGUGAGUGAAAAAGCUGCAAACAACAUGCGAAUCUGUUCUCGACACUUUGUGUUAGGUAAGCCAGCAAACUUCCGUGAUGAAACAAACGUCGACUGGGCUCCCACUCUGUUCCUCGGGCACGAUCGCAUCCCUUUCUCCAAGGUUAAGUCAUCAGUUGCAAGGUACACACGUGCAUUACAGAGACGAGCAAAAAAACGUGAUCACGAAGCUGCGGAGACCCUUUUAGUGCUACCAAUGAGUGACUCAACAAAUGUCCAGGGCAGCGAAAAUAAGACAACCAACAUGUCCCCAUUGGAUAAGGGUGAAGGUCAUUCAAAUAUUCAGUGCUUUAAUAAUCAGACAACCAACAUGUCCCAAUUGGAUAAGGGUGAAGGUCAUUCAAAUAUUCAGUGCUUUAAUAAUCAGACCACCAACACUUCCCCAUUGGAUAAGGGUGAAGGUCAUUCAAAUAUUCAGUGCUUUAAUAAUCAGACAGCCAACACUUCCCCAUUGGAUAAGGGUGAAGGUCAUUCAAAUAUUCAGUGCUUUCAUAAUCAGACAACCAACACUUCCCCAUUGGAUAAGGGUGAAGGUCAUUCAAAUAUUCAGUGCUUCAGUAAACAGACAACCAACAGGUCCUUAUUGGUUAAGGGUGAAGGUCAUUCAAAUAUUCAGUGCUUCAAUAAUCCGACAACCAACAGGUCCAUAUUGGUUAGGGUUGAAGGUCAUUCAAAUAUUCAGUGCUUUAAUAAUCAGACAACCAACAGGUCCUUAUUGGUUAAGGGUGAAGGUCAUUCAAAUAUUCAGCCCCUCAAUAACCAGACAACCAACACCUCACUGUUGGAUAUGAACCAACAACAGGCGGAGGAUAGCACAUCAACUAUCAGUGCCAGGACUGGAGACAACACAGAAGCUCUUUAUUUAGAGAUCCAACAGUUAAGGAAUGAUAUUUAUUUACUUCGUGAGAAAGUCAAAUACUUUGAAAUAACCCAGGAGUCUUUCGUUAAUGACGAUAAUAAAGUUAAAUUCUACACAGGCCUUCGUUCUUACGAUGCGCUGCUGCAUAUAUUUAAUAACAUUAGUGGAACUAUAAGCCAUAACCACAACAAUUGUCUCACAAAAUUUCAGGAAUUUGUGCUUACAUUGAUGAAAUUAAGGCUUAGUUUACCGUUGCAAGAUCUGUCAUACAGAUUUAAAAUUUCCUGGUCAACGGCCAGCAGAAUUUUUGAGAAGUGGGUGCGUCACAUGGCUCGCAACCUUAUACAACAUAUAGUAUGGCCUGAAAGGGAGGACAUACAAAAAACUAUGCCUAGUUGUUUCAAGAAUUCCUUUGGUGCAGACACUGCCAUCAUUAUUGACUGUUUUGAAAUUGUUUUUGACAAACCACCAAACAUGUCUGCCAAAGCAUGGGCAGAGUAUAAAGACAACAACACGGUUAAAUUCCUUUUAGGCAUCACGCCACAAUGUACCAUAUCCUUUAUUUCAAAGUCUUGGGGUGGGAGGUUUAGUGAUGAGCGUUUAACAGAAAAUAGUGGCAUUUUGAACCAUCUUUUGCCUGGGGAUUUAGUUUUAGCCAGCAGAGGUUUUACAAUAGCAGAUGGUGUUGGGUUUUACUGUGCUAAGCUCGCCAUUCCUGAUCUGGCAUCUGGGAAAAAACAAUUAUCUGCCUUGGAAAUAUCUAAGACAAAAAAGAACGCCAAAGUACGGAGUCAUGUAGAAAGGAUAACAGGGCUCGUUAGACAAAAAUACAAGAUUCUGAGUGACACUUUACCAUCAGAUAUUUUGAAUGAAAAGGGUAAUCCUUUAAUAGAUGAUAUUGUGACGACUUGUUGUGCAUUGAUUAAUCUUUGUCCAUCAGUUGCGCCUACUGAAUAAUCUAACUUUUUAGACAGUUUGAAAAUAAUAAUAAAUUGUGGCGUUAUUGUAACUUC